AUGACAAACCAAGUCUUCUUCAAUCAACCAGAGAGUCCCUUCCUCCAGCAAAUCUUCGAAGCAAAGUACACAGUAAACAAAACGUUACGAAAAUCGGCAAACGGUGUCAUUUACGCGGCGACAGAUAAUUUCACGAAGGAGCAAUUGGUCCUGAAGCAAAUUGCGAAGCGACCAGAUGACAUCCUGAAAAAUCGACUCUCCAUGGAAAUUCAACUCCACGAGGCUGCGUCUCGAGCGUGCCCGGAAAACAUCGCAGAAUUUUACGAAUACUACGAGAGGAAUCAGUCGGCCAUCGCGAACUAUGUGAUUGCAAUGGAGCGGCCAAAGAACUCGAUCGAUAUCUUUCAAUUCAUUUCGCGUUUCGGUCGAAUGAGUGCACUACAUGGGCAGUGGGUGAUGGCUCAAUUAGUCCAUACAGUGCUCAAGCUGAAACAAGCCGGAGUAUGCCAUCACGACAUCAAAGAUGAAAACAUUCUCAUCAGCUUGACCGACUUCAAGGUCAAACUCAUCGAUUUUGGCUGCGCGAAGGUCCAUUCUACUCAACCGCAAAAACGAUUCUGUGGAACUGAACUCUUCUUUCCUCCAGAAUUCUUCCGCCUCAAGCGAUACUUCCAGGACCGUGUCACAGUCUGGCAGCUCGGCUGCGUCUUGUUCAUCAUCCUCAUCGGGAAACUCCCAUUCACGACCAAAGACGAUGUCGCUCGAAAUUUAUGGAUCGCGAACCGACCAGAACUUCGCGCAAUUCACCCUGCUGCUGCUGACCUUAUCUCUUCAAUGCUUCACCCGGACCAGAUCAAGCGAAUUCGACUCGAAGACAUCUUUUCUCAUCCAUUUUGGUCGACCAAGUUUUGA